AUGUCUGCCCCAACACAAGCCACUUCAGCGGGACCUGGUGCGUUCGAAGUCGCGCUGACCAAGUUUAAAAGUCAUCUGGACGGGAAGCAGUUGCAAAGCUUCAAGGUUACAACUCUCAGAGAUGUCGAGGCGGCGCUCGCUGAAAUUCAAAACCGUCAGACUGCACAGCGGGAACUACGCAAUUUGACUCGAAUUCGUCGCUUCCUGGAUGCGAUGGAGCAAUUCGGCAAUGUCGUCGAAGUCUUCACCAACACAAGUGAUAUCGUUGCUUUCAUCUGGGGCCCGCUCAAAUUUCUCCUGCAGGUGUCAAGCACCUGGGCGAAUUCCCUUGAUAGGAUUCUGGAAGCAUACGAGCAAAUUGGCGAAGCAUUACCUCUGCUCGAGCAGUAUGAGUCACUUUUCACAAAAUGUCCGAAGAUGCAAAAGGUGCUUGUAAUGAUGUAUACGGACAUUCUUGAUUUCCAUCUACCCGCAGUCAGCUUCCUCAACCGUUCAAAGUGGCGACAGUUUUUUCGAUCAUCAUGGGGUGACUUCAGAUCAAAGUUCGAGGGAAUUCUCAGGAAUCUUGAACGGCACAGGCGUUUGAUCGAAUCACAAUUCAUCCUGCUACAGGCUUCCGAGCAUGAGAAACACCGCACUGACAAUAUCCAGACAGUGGAGGAGGAAAUUCGAAAAGUCCAGCAGGAAGUGCGUGUCGCGCAAGAAAAACUUCAACGUGCCGAAGAGGAUCGCAGAGCUGACCAGCUGCGCGCGGUACGUGUCUGGAUAGCCGGAACUCCUAUUUCCGACUACCACGCAUUAGCUUUAAAAGCCCGCGAGGACUAUCCUCAGACCGGGCUCUGGGUCACACAGCAUCCAAAGGUGUCAAGCUGGCUCACGGAUGACAUUCCACGGUCCUCAAUUCUGUGGAUGCACGGCAUUCCAGGCGCUGGGAAAACGACAUUGGCGUCGAUCAUCAUUGAAGCUUGCAGAAAACAACAGCAAGCCCAAACCGCGUACUUUUACUGUAGACAUGAUGACUCUGAGGGGACUACUUGUGGCAAAAUCUUGAAGGGCCUUCUCGCUCACCAAGUUGAUUGGUAUCCGGAUCUUGUGCCCUAUUUUCAUGAACAGCGGCAGCGAAGCCUCGAAGCUGUCCUGACUUCGGACAACGCCGCAAAGCCCCUUUUCGAAACCGUUUCCGGAGAGGGCAAGCGUCAGUACAUCGUGGUCGAUGGGCUGGACGAAUGCCAAAUGCCGGAACGGAAGUCGAUACUAAAGAUUUUAACGGAUUUGGUCAACCAAAUUGACGCCAAAGAGCCGUCAAAACUUCGGGUCCUCAUUAUCAGCCAGGAAGAGCCUGAUAUUCGGAGAGCAUUAUCGUCGGCAGACGAGUUCCUAAUCAAACGCGAAGACAACAGCCAGGACAUCCGCACAUUUGUGCAAGCUUGGACAGCCAAGAUCCAGACAAAGUUCGAUCUUAGCGACGACGAUUCAUCUCUGUUAACGUGGCUCACAUGCCGUAACGCAGCGGGUCAAUUUCUCUUCGCUAAACUGGUCAUGGAAUACCUGUACCAGCAACCCACGCGUGAAAGGCUUGAAAAGGAAGUCAAAUUUGAGGCUUUUCCAAAGGAGUUGGCAGAAGUAUACGAUCGCAUCAUUAAACGCAUCAAAAGCCGGCUUGGUGAAAACGAAUGGGAUUUCGUUCAACAAUUUCUAGGGUGGAUGACUUGUGCUGCUCGGCCACUCAAAUGGCACGAAAUACAAGGUGCAAUGUCAAUAUCUCUGGAUGAACAAGAAGUAAAUAAGAAACGUCGGAGCCCUGAAUCAGCCCAUGAAUAUUGCGGACCCUUGGUAACUGAGUGCGAUAACCGUGUAAUUCUCGUGCAUGGCACAGCAAAGAGGUACAUCGCGGAGUCAAAACACAUCGAUCUUUUGGCCGUGGAAUGCCGGCUUGCGAGCUUGUGUUUGGAGUACCUUGCUUUCCCCUGCUUCGACGGAGAUGACUUGGAGGCAUAUAUUCUCAACGGUUCGUAUGCUUUUGCGGACUACGCAGUUGCCAAGUGGAUGUACCACUUUAAGAAGAUACUCGGUCAACUGGCCAGUAACGUUGAUGCAAUCCAAUUCGAAAUGUACGAGACGGUGGUGCAGGAGCUCUGGGAGGCAGUGGAGAAAAUUACCGAGCAGUAUAAGUUCGACCUUCAAGCCAGUCGUACCGAAGCCGAAGGCAUGCAAUUAAAUGUCUUCAGGUUGGAGCCUGGGGUGUGCCGCGUGCUUGCGGCAUUCGAGGGCGCUGAAGAAGUAUUCCUGUCCCUGUGGACGCAUAUAAAACUGCACGAGAUCAAGGGUUCGGAAAAGCGCAAUGAAAUUAGCUUGGAGAGGCUUCGGACCGCGAUGGAUAAAAUACGAACGUCAUUGGAAGAGCUCUCUAAGAACAAGACAUUGACGCCGAAAGAUCGCAAGGAGCUGGAGUCAUAUUACAGUUCCAAAUUUUUCCGAUGCCCGAAAGUGACUUGCUAUUACUUCCACGAAGGGUUUACUGAUGGAAAAAGCAGGAAAAAGCAUGUCAAUAGGCACGACCGACCAUUUCAAUGCGACCAGGUGGAUUGCACCGGAGCCGACUUAGGGUUUGGGUCGAAAAAAGAACUCGAGAACCACAUGCAAAACUUUCAUGCGGAUGCGGAGAUGAAAGCUCUCCUCUUCAAGGAAACGAAGCCUGCUACAAGCAGCCGCGCGAAGUAUCCCUGCGGAGAGUGUGAAAAGAGCUUUGUCCGCAAAUCGAUAUUACGAGACCAUGAACGAGUACAUAAAGGUGAAAAACCAUAUGAAUGUGCACGUUGCGGCAAGGCUUUCGCUCGGAAAAAUGAUUGUAAGAGACAUGAAAAGAUCCACGAGCACCGACGAUGA